AUCGCCCCACCAAAAAAGCCAUACAUUUAUUGUUAUGCAUUUUUGAUAAGCAAAGUGGAUAGUGAUGAGCAAAGUAGAUAGGAAUUCAGUUCAAGAAUCAGAAUGCCUGGGAUAGAACCCUGGCUUUACCAUUGCUAUGAAUCAUCGCGUGACCUUGGAAAAGUUGCUUCGAGUCUCUGGGUUUCAGUUUCUUCAUGAGUAAAAUGAGGAUGAAAAUAGCACCUCCUUCAAUAUACCUUUUUAUGAGGAGAAUACAUCUAUUAAUUCAUAUAAAUUGCUUAGAAUAUUCUAACAUGUUAAGUGUUGCUAAUUAAUAGAUCUAAAGACCUUUGAACAUUUCUAAACUCAUGCUUUGUAUGGUUGCCUUCAUUCCCACUCCCAGGCCAAAUUUCUAUUUUAAUGGUUAUUAUUUUGUUUAAUAUAGAGCAGUUUCACCAUUAUUUUUUUCAUGACCAAUAGCCUUUGGAGUUACUAUUCCAAGUGGCUUAUCAAAGCAUUUUCCUAAACUAGGACACAUUCCUUUCUAAAAACAAUUCUGGAAGCAAUGGACUACACAUUCAAAUAUAUAUUAUACAUAUGCACACAUAUACAUGCAUGUGUAUGUGUAUAAGUAUAAUAUGUACAUACUUGUAUAGUCAGUUGCUCCCAGAAUUCCACGUGUGUGUUUGUGUGUUUGGUCUCAUUUGAUCUUCACAGCAAUCCCAUGGGGCUAGCAAUAUUAUCACUUUUUACAAGAAAGGAGACUGAAGCUUUAAGAGGUUAAGUGAGCUGACCAAGAUCAUACAGUUAGUGUCAGGGCCCAAAUCAGUCUUCCUUUUGCAAAUCUACCUUUAAGCAAUUAUGCUGCAUUAACUCCCACCGUAAAAUAGAGGAGGUCAGAUAGAGGGUUUGCUGACCUAGGUUAAAUAUAUUGUUAGGUCGAUUUAUUUUAAUACACCCCACUUAACAACCACAGUGAAAAAGAAAACAAUUCCCUAAAGGAAUUCUACAGGAGUCCAUGAAAAUGCUAGCAUUUCAGCCAAACUUAGCUCAAGGAAUAUAGAGUUAAAAGGCAUUUGCCUCCUAGCGAUAGCCUUCCUGUUGAUUCAUAAGAUGCAAAUGAAAUGUUAAUGUUUAAACCAAGUGGGAGAAACUACUUAUUUUGAGAGGAAAAAAAUAUAGUAUAAAAGCUCUACUCUAGAAUAUUGUUAAUGUAAGGAGAACUGGAAGAACAGGACAAGCAGGCUUUUGAGAAAAAUCACAGCUGAAGAUAGGGCUUAAUAGUUUAGAGCACUAAAAGAUAAAUACUUUUAAAAAUCAGUGUGUGUGUGUGUGUGUGUGUGUGUGUAUCUGUGUGUUGCGAGUCUCCAAUCUCGCUGGUAACUCGCAGUCUUCUGAUGAAAGUGUAGUAUGUAACGAUUACUAGUUGGCAGGCAUCCUCUGCUGGGGACCAAUCUCACAAAAGGGUGACCCUGUGAUGCACGAAAGGCUAUUUAAUGCCCCAGCGAAGUGCUUCAGGGACCAAGAUUUUAUUAUUCUUUGGUGAUGAGAGCUGUGAUCCUGCAUCCCUGAUUUAGAGCCACUUAGGGCUCCGACAGCUCCACCCCGGUGUUCUAGAGGAAAAUAUUCCUUCAUGCUCUCUGCCUGAUUUGAAAGCGACACAGCUUCCCGAUAUUCCGCCUGGGAAGUGGUUCAAUUUUUAGAAAUUGCCUGAGAAGCCUGUCCAUCUUCUGGAGUGCCUGGCUUUCGGGAACGGACCAAGACGGACUUGGCUUUUAAUCUGAAAUAAUUUGAGGAUUUUCUGUCUAUAACUUAAAAUCACCGCUUAACUCAAAGUAAAAAAGUGACACGCUCUCUAGAGGGCUUUUGUAGACAUUGGGAAAAUCCGUAUGACGAAGUACGGUUUAGAGGUUCCGGAUUUAAUUUCCCCCGGGAAAAGCAAAUAUCUUCUGUUGGUACCGGGCAGUCGACUCACGUAGUCUUCCUUUAAAACCAAGUCUAUGCCAGCCGGGUGUGAGGGGAGUGGUAGGGGUGAGCAGGGGGAGGAGAGAGAUUCGAAAAGUACAGGAGGAAUCAGUCCAGUACAGGGGUUGCCCCUGCCAACCAGUAGCUAUUCCUGUUAACUCCCAAGAAGCAAGUUACCACCUUUGCCACUUCCUCCUGCCCCUUCCUUUUCCCUUCACUCCCGCUCUUGGACCCAAGGUUCGCUCCCCGCCGCCACCGCCCUGCCGCACUAUUCUCUUUACAGGACAGAAGGCUGCAGCAGCACGGCGGACAAAAAUCUCUGAGGAAUGAGUCAGUGGGAUGGGCGUAUGGGUGGAAGAAGAGGGCAGUCGGUUUUUAAACCUCAGCGAGGGUGGGUGGGCAGUUGGAAGCCAGAGGCCUUAUCACUAGGGCGCUGCAACAUCACAGAAAGUGUUAGUCCCAGGGCUCUCCCGGGCGCGCGCGGCUCCUGUGCUUGCUUCUUAUUGGCGGACCUGGACCUGGGGGCGGAGCCGCGGUGAAGCCCCGCCCACCCAGGCGCCAGGACAGGGGCACGCGGUUCUCCCUGAUCCCGGAGCUGGGCUCAGGGCUCGGACUCAGUCCUGCAGCGCCUCUAGGCUGCGGAUCCGCGCUUCAACCACCUGCUUUGCGCUGCGUCCGGGGAAGUGGGGAGGAGACGGGAGGGAGGGAGGAGGCGGGCAGAGGAGGAAAGAGGCAGCUUACACACGCCUUUCAGUCCCUCUACUCAGAGCAGCCCGGAGACCGCUGCCGCCGCUACCGCCGCUGCCGCUGCUACCACCGCUGCCACCUGAGGAGACACGCCGCCCCCCUGUCGCCGCCUCCUGCGAGUCCUUAGCACCCGGCGUUUCAAGCACAUUGCCACUGCCAUUAUUAUUAUCAUUCCAAGACAAGGAAAAUAAACGAAGAUACCAGCGAAAACAACCGCUUACACCUUUCCGAAUUACUCAAGUGUCUCCUGGAAAGAGAGGGUCGUUGUCCCCGGAGGAACAGCCGAAGGGCCCGUGGGCUGGUGUUAACCAGGCGGGAGGAGGAGUUGGGGGCUUUGCGUGGUGGAAAGUUGCGUGCGGCAGAGACCCGAAGGUGCAGCGCCACAGCCCAGGGGACGGUGUGUCUGGGAGAAGACGCUGCCCCUGCUUCGGGACCCGCCAGCGCGCGGGCACCGAGGGGCCCGGGACGACGCCCCCUCCUGCGGCGUGGACUCCGUCAGUGGCCCACCAAGAAGGAGGAGGAAUAUGGAAUCCAAGGGGGCCAGUUCCUGCCGUCUGCUCUUCUGCCUCUUGAUCUCCGCCACCGUCUUCAGGCCAGGCCUUGGAUGGUAUACUGUAAAUUCAGCAUAUGGAGAUACCAUUAUCAUGCCUUGCCGACUUGAUGUACCUCAGAAUCUCAUGUUUGGCAAAUGGAAAUAUGAAAAGCCCGAUGGCUCCCCAGUAUUUAUUGCCUUCAGGUCCUCUACAAAGAAAAGUGUGCAGUACGACGAUGUACCAGAAUACAAAGACAGAUUGAGCCUCUCAGAAAACUACACUUUGUCUAUCAGUAAUGCAAGGAUCAGUGAUGAAAAGAGAUUUGUGUGCAUGCUAGUAACUGAGGACAACGUGUUUGAGGCACCUACAAUAGUCAAGGUGUUCAAGCAACCAUCUAAACCUGAAAUUGUAAGCAAAGCACUCUUUCUCGAAACAGAGCAGCUAAAAAAGUUGGGUGACUGCAUUUCAGAAGACAGUUAUCCAGAUGGCAACAUCACAUGGUACAGGAAUGGAAAAGUGCUACAUCCCCUUGAAGGAGCGGUGGUUAUAAUUUUUAAAAAGGAAAUGGACCCAGUGACUCAGCUCUAUACCAUGACUUCCACCCUGGAGUACAAGACAACCAAGGCUGACAUACAAAUGCCAUUCACCUGCUCUGUGACAUAUUAUGGGCCAUCUGGCCAGAAAACAAUUCAUUCUGAACAGGCAGUAUUUGAUAUUUACUAUCCUACAGAGCAGGUGACAAUACAAGUGCUGCCACCAAAAAAUGCCAUCAAAGAAGGGGAUAACAUCACUCUUAAAUGCUUAGGGAAUGGCAACCCUCCCCCAGAGGAAUUUUUGUUUUAUUUACCAGGACAGCCCGAAGGAAUAAGAAGCUCAAAUACUUACACACUGACAGAUGUGAGGCGCAAUGCAACAGGAGACUACAAGUGUUCCCUGAUAGACAAAAAAAGCAUGAUUGCUUCAACAGCCAUCACAGUUCACUAUUUGGAUUUGUCCUUAAACCCAAGUGGAGAAGUGACCAGACAGAUUGGUGAUGCCCUACCCGUGUCAUGCACAAUAUCCGCUAGCAGGAAUGCAACUGUGGUAUGGAUGAAAGAUAACAUCAGGCUUCGAUCUAGCCCGUCAUUUUCUAGUCUUCAUUAUCAGGAUGCUGGAAACUAUGUCUGUGAAACUGCUCUGCAGGAGGUUGAAGGACUAAAGAAAAGAGAGUCAUUGACUCUCAUUGUAGAAGGCAAACCUCAAAUAAAAAUGACAAAGAAAACUGAUCCCAGUGGACUAUCUAAAACAAUAAUCUGCCAUGUGGAAGGUUUUCCAAAGCCAGCCAUUCAAUGGACAAUUACUGGCAGUGGAAGCGUCAUAAACCAAGCAAAGGAAUCUCCUUAUAUCAAUGGCAGGUAUUAUAGUAAAAUUAUCAUUUCCCCUGAAGAGAAUGUUACAUUAACUUGCACAGCAGAAAACCAACUGGAGAGAACAGUAAACUCCUUGAAUGUCUCUGCUAUAAGUAUUCCAGAACACGAUGAGGCAGACGAGAUAAGUGAUGAAAACAGAGAAAAGGUGAAUGACCAGGCAAAACUAAUUGUGGGAAUCGUUGUUGGUCUCCUCCUUGCUGCCCUUGUUGCUGGUGUCGUCUACUGGCUGUACAUGAAGAAGUCAAAGACUGCAUCAAAACAUGUAAACAAGGACCUCGGUAAUAUGGAAGAAAACAAAAAGUUAGAAGAAAACAAUCACAAAACUGAAGCCUAAGAGAGAAACUGUCCUAGUUGUCCAGAGAUAAAAAUCAUAUAGACCAAUUGAAGCAUGAACGUGGAUUGUAUUUAAGACAUAAACAAAGACAUUGACAGCAAUUCAUGGUUCAAGUAUUAAGCAGUUCAUUCUACCAAGCUGUCACAGGUUUUUAGAGAAUUAUCUCAAGUAAAACAAAUGAAAUUUAAUUACAAACAAUAAGAACAAGUUUUGGCAGCCAUGAUAAUAGGUCAUAUGUUGUGUUUGGUUCAAUUUUUUUUCCGUAAAUGUCUGCACUGAGGAUUUCUUUUUGGUUUGCCUUUUAUGUAAAUUUUUUACGUAGCUAUUUUUAUACACUGUAAGCUUUGUUCUGGGAGUUGCUGUUAAUCUGAUGUAUAAUGUAAUGUUUUUAUUUCAAUUGUUUAUAUGGAUAAUCUGAGCAGGUACAUUUCUGAUUCUGAUUGCUAUCAGUAAUGCCCCAAACUUUCUCACAAGCACCUAAAACCCAAAGGUGGCAGCUUGUGAAGACUGGGGACACUCACAUUGCCCUAAUCAAAAACUGUGAUUUUUAUCACAAGGGAGGGGAGCCCGAGAGUCAGACUGAUAGACACCAUAGGAGCCGACUCUUUGAUACGCCGCCGGCGGACUCUCAGAAGUAAAUCACAGAUGCAUAUAGACACACAUACAUAACGGUACUCCCAAACUGACAAUUUUACCUAUUCUGAAAAAGACAUAAAACAGAAUUUGGCAGCACUUACCUCUACAGACACCUGCUAAUAAAUUAUUUUCUGUCAAAAGAAAAAACACAAGCGUGUGUGAGAGACAGUUUGGAAAAAUCAUGGUCAACAUUCCCAUUUUCACAGAUCACAAUGUAAAUCACUGUAAUUACAAAUUGGUGUUAAAUCCUUUGGGUUAUCCACUGCCUUAAAAUUAUACCUAUUUCAUGUUUAAAAAGAUAUCAAUCAGAAUUGGAGUUUUUAACAGUGGUCAUUAUCAAAGCUGUGUUAUUUUCCACAGAAUAUAGAAUAUAUAUUUUUUUCGUGUGUGUUUUUGUUAACUACCCUACAGAUAUUGAAUGCACCUUGAGAUAAUUUAGUGUUUUUAACUGAUACAUAAUUUAUCAAGCAGUACAUGAAAGUGUAAUAAUAAAACGUCUAUGUAUCUUUAGUUACAUUCAAAUUUGUAACUUUAUAAACAUGUUUUAUGCUUGAGGAAAUUUUUAGGGUGGUAGUAAAAAUGGAAACUUUUUGAAGUAGACUGGAUAUGGGCUACUUGUGACUAGACUUUUAAACUUUGCUCUUUCAAGCAGAAGCCUGGUUUCUGGGAAAAUACUGCACAGCGAUUUCUUUCCCAGGAUUUACACAACUUUAAAGGGAAGAUACAUGAACAUCAGAUUUCUAGUAUAGAACUAUGUUAUUGAAAGGAAAAGGAAAACUGGUGUUUGUUUCUUAGACUCAUGAAACAAAAAAUUAUGAAGGCAAUGAAAAAUAAAUUGAAAAUUAAAGUCAGAUGAGAAUAGGAAUAAUAUUUUGCCACUUCUGCAUUAUUUAGAAACAUGUGUUAUUGUACAUUUGUAAACCAUUUAUUGUCUGGGCAAUAGUGACUCCGUUUAAUAAAAGCUUCCUGUAGUGCAUUGGUAUGGAUUAAAUGCAUAAAAUAUUCUUAGAUUCGAUGCUGUAUAAAAUAUUAUGGGAAAAAAAAGAAAAUAUGUUAUUUUGCCUCUAAACUUUUAUUGAAGUUUUAUUUGGCAGGAAAGAAAAUUGAAUCUUGGUCAAUAUUUAAACCAAAGUAAAAGGGGAAAAACCAAAGUUACUUGUUUUGCAUGGCUAAGCCAUUCUGUUAUCUCUGUAAAUACUGUGAUUUCUUUUUUAUUUUCUCUUUAGAAUUUUGUUAAAGAAAUUCUAAAAUUUUUAAACACCUGCUCUCCACAAUAAAUCACAAACACUAAAAUAAAAUUACUUCCAUAUAAAUAUUAUUUUUUCUUUUGGUGUGAGAGAUCAAAGGUUUAAAGUCUAACUUCUAAGAUAUAUUUGCAGAAAGAAGCAACAUGACAAUAGAAAGAGGGUUAUGCCACAAUUAUUUCUUGGUUUCCACUUGCAACGGUUAAUUAAGUCCAAAAACAGCUGUCAGAACCUCGAGAGCAGAACAUGAGAAACUCAGAGCUCUGGACCGAAAGCAGAAAGUUUGCCGGGAAAAAAGAGACAACAUUAUUGCCAUCGAAUCAGUGCCUGGAUAAAGAAGAAAGCUUACUUGUUUAAUGGCAGCCACAUGCACGAAGAUGCUGAGAAGAAAAAGAAUUCCAAAUCCUCGACUUUUGAGGUUUCGGCUCUCCAAUUUAACUCUUUGGCAACAGGAAACAGGUUUUGCAGGUUCAAGGUUCACUCCCUAUAUGUGAUUAUAGGAAUUGUUUGUGGAAAUGGAUUAACAUACCCGUCUAUGCCUAAAAGAUAAUAAAACUGAAAUAUGUCUUCA